UUAUAAACGUCCAGAUGAAAAGGAUUUGUCAUCUGUUUGUAUUAUUUCUUUGUCUCCUCGAUGGCGGUGUGUGGUCGCUGCGCAACCUGUCUAUCUCGGUGCCGCGCGCGGUGCUGUCGGGCGAGGGCCGCGCUGCGCUGCUGCGCUGCUCCUACGACCUCGAAGGCGCAGCGCUCUACUCCAUCCGCUGGUACCGCGCUGAGGACGAGUUCUACAGAUACGUGCCGCGCGAGAUGCCGCCCACCAUGGUCUUCCCCCUACCAGGUGCCUCCGUCGAUUUGGCGCAGUCGGACCAUCAGCAGGUGCGCAUCGUGAACAUGAACCGCCGGCUGAGCGGUGACUACCAAUGCGAGGUUUCCGCAGACGCACCGCUUUUCCACACCGACAUACGCUCCGCACCGCUCACUGUCGUCGACCCACCGUUCCGCGCGCCGCGGCUGCUGGUGUCGCGGCUGAGCUACGCGCGCAACGACCUGCUGCAAGCCAACUGCUCUGUGGACGAAGCCUACCCCGCACCCAAUAUCACUUGGACCAUCGACGGUCACAAGAUAGCCGAGACAAUCUCGUGGCAGUCGCCGGAGCAGGAUUUCAAGGAGCGCGGCGCGUUCAGUCAGCUGGAAGUGAGCAUCGUCGAGAGUCUGCAGUAUAGAGGAGGGCAGGCGGGGUACGCGGGGCAUACGGGGGACGGGGAACACUUCGCCCACCGCACUGACUCUGAACCCGACAAGCGGGAAAUCCUCAGGUACACGCUGUCGGCGCCGAUUAGCGGGCAGUUCGCGCUGGGCUGCGUGGCCACCAUCUACGACGUGUACGCGCGCGGCAGCGAACAGGCGCACAUCAGGGAGGACAGCCCGCGCCCCGCCUCCGUCACCGGGGAGGACUCCUCGGGUAUCCAGACGCUGCAUAGCAUCGUGCUGAUAUGCGUUUGCGCGUGUGGGGCGAUUCUAAGAGGGUUAUGACCCCCUGCGCUCUCGCCCGCCGUGCGCCCGCGUCGGCUCGCCCCCUAAAGCGCUCAAACUGAAUGUUGUGAUAGAUAAUAAUAGUUGGUGGUGUCAUGACGCGCUCCCAGCGCAGCGGUCGCAGUGCACUCGGUAUAUAUAAGCAUAUGUGUCAAUUCCGAGUUAAGCUUGACUCGCAGGUCGCAGGCCGCAGGUCGCGAGGCGUCGCGUCAUCUACUCGUUUAAGAUACAGUUAUUAAAUGUUGCAGAUUGCUAUAUGUAAAUAAAGACGUGAGUUAUCAAUACCUCUUGA